GACCCCGGGCGCCGCCAUCUUAACCAGGACGGAAGCCGCGCGGGGACCUGCAGCGCGCGCGUGCGCAGCACAUCGGAACCCGGAAGCGGGCGCCGCGCGGACGGAGUCUCGCGCGCUCCGCGCUGUCCCGCCACGCCCGCCGGACCCCACGAUGGCGCAGGAACCCGGGCUAGCCGCCUCCGCGCCUCCCGGUUCUCAGGCCCUUCUGGACGUUGUGCUCCAGAACCUCUACGACUUUGGAGAGACGGAAGAUGAAGCAGAGCAGAAAAGGAUCAGAAAGAAAAGAGAGAUGGGGACCCCAGCGGCCUUGGUAGCAGAGCCGGCUCUCCAACCUGGAUCUCUUGUCAGAGGCCAGAGGAAGAGUGCUUCCGGCUUCUUCCAGGAACUCCAGGAAGAGCUGCAGGGUGUUCCUGCCGUGACCCCUGGUGGUUUCCCUUCAGGACCUGUAGUCUCUAGUGCUGCGGUAGCCCCCUCUCCCCUGAGGAGCGACAGGGAACCAGUAGAAGUGGUGGAAUUUCACAGCAGAAGUAGAAAAAGAAAACAGAAACCCGAUCAAGACGAGAACACAAAGACCAAAACUAGUAUCCUCGAGAAAGAUGUGGAUAUACAAGAGUUUAACUUAGAAAAGGCUCGUUUGGAAGUGCACCGGUUUGGGAUCACAGGUUAUGGAAAAGGAAAGGAGAGGGUCCUGGAGCAGGGACGCGCCAUUAUGCUGGGCGCUGAGCCUCCCAAAAAUAGCUACGUGAAUUACAAGGUUUUGCAGGAGCAGAUCAAAGAAAAAAAGUCAGCAAAGGAAAAAGAAAAGAGAACGGCCCAGGACACAGAUAUUUUCAAGAAAAAGAAGAGGAAAGGACAGGAAGACAGGAAAUCCAAAAAGAAGAAAUCGGCUCCCAGUAUCUUGUCAAGUAGACGGAUUGGACAGGUUGGAAAAUUCAAAAAUGGGACACUGAUUCUGAGCCAAGUUGAUAUCAAAAAAAUAAAUUCUUCCAGAGUGGCUAAAUGAAGUACUUUAUAAAAUAAAGAGAGAAGUGGGAAAGUGCCAAUGUACUGAAACUGGACCCCUACAAGACUUCCAGAUUAUUCUUAUUUAUUUCAUAUUUCAUAGACUGCUCUUUUAUUUUAGGGAACAAAAUCAAAUUGAAAUAAUAAAAUUUCUAUCUGCUGAAGUGUC